CACCAUCAAUAUUGUCUUAAAACUUGGCAGAGUUUAAACCUGUGUCUGUUUAAAAGAACCAUUCUCCCUAAUGUUUUGGCAUACAUUUCUUUAUAGUGAUAGUUUAGGGAGUUUGGUGGUAGAUCAGAGCAACAUUCUUUAGUUGACAAAUUUCUUUCUUCUCCUCACCUGUGUGCAUGACACUGUAUUAACUUUGUGUGGAGAAAUUAGGUUUCAGUCACUUCUGGAAAUGAUAUGUUUUAAAGCUAUCAAUAAUUUUUCUUGAGGGACCAACUGAAAGAGGUUUUCACCAAAUAUUAAUUUUAGGUGUCAGGUAUUAACAAGGAAAAAAACAGUCGUAUUUUAUCCUUUGGUGACGUUCUUUUACAAGGUCCAUAUUGGUACAAAAUGGAGUGAUAUAGACAGAUGACACAAGUGUGUACUGUCUUCACCUACUUCUGUUGCCCUCGACAAGACUCUCAAUUUAUCGACCUUGUUAUAAAAUGCAUGGUGAUGUUAUUAUCUUGGAAUGCCAACUGUUCCCCAGGCCCUUGCCUCUUGUCUUCAUUCCAGUAAACAUUGUUCUGACAUUACACUAGUCAUCCUUGAGAGAGUUGGAAAGCUACAUGUAGUAGUUAAUUAAUUAUUCAACUUUGACAAAAACUGCCAGUUUCAUUUGAACCACAAGAGAUAUUUAUCAUCCUGGAUUCCUUGCAAUAGUGUGGGCUUAACAGCAGGUUUUUCUUAUCCCAACAUGGGACAAGAUUCUUCAAAGCAAGGGAUUGCAAAUGAUGUUUUAGAACAAAGUGAGGAAUCAAAACUUCAGUGUGUCAUUAAAACAUCGGCAGAUCCUUCAGAUUUGAAUGGGGAGAGUCAAGUAGAUGCUGGUGAGGUUCAAGAGAAAGUCAAGGAAGUAAUUUGUAAAACCAUCACUAAUAUACCUCUGUCAGAAGCCUCAUCCAGGGACCGGCUAAAUUCAGAUGCAGUAAGUUGACAUUUUUAUUUCUGUCAGCAAUUAAAAAAUUCAAUUCGCAGGGGUUUCAUUAAAUAAAUGUUUUCAGAA